AUGUUGAGGCUGGUUUCAUACAAAGUGGCAGGUCCACUUAAAGCUAGUAUUGGAAAGAGUUUAUUAUUAGCACGUUUUGCUAGCUCAGAUCCAAAAACAACAACGGCGUCGGCAUCAUCAUCAUCAUCAUCGUCAUCCAGUUCUACAAAAAAACCUAUAUUCGAAGGUAUCCCCGAUGCUGGUGAUGAUUCACACUCUGGCGAAUACAUCAAAACUGUAUCGAAACCGUACACUGUUACGACGUAUGCUCGUCCAAAUCUUGUACUUACCCAUGGUAAAGGUUCGCAUAUCUAUGACUUGGAGGAUCGUAAGUACAUAGACUUUACAUCCGGGAUUGCAGUUACAUGUUUGGGACACGCCAAUGAAGAAAUAAGCAAAAUCAUUCAAGACCAGUCGCAGAAACUUUUGCAUUGUUCUAACUUGUACUACAACUUACCAGCUGGGGAAUUGGCCAAUAAGCUAGUGACAAAGACACGGGAAUUAGAUGGUAUGAGUGAUGCCGCACGAGUUUUCUUGUGCAAUUCAGGUACGGAGGCAAAUGAAGCCGCCAUGAAAUUUGCUAGAAAGUACGGUAAGAUGGUGAGUGGGGGAAGUGAAGAAAAAGUGGAGUUUAUUACUUUUGAGAAUUCAUUCCAUGGUAGAUCACUUGGUGCAUUAUCAUUAACACCCAAUCCCAAGUACCAAAAGCCGUUUGCUCCGUUGAUUCCUGGAGUCAAUGUUGCCAAGCCUAAUAAUAUUGAAAGCGUUAAGCAGCUUAUAUCGAGAGAUAAGACAUGUGCGGUGAUUAUAGAGCCAAUUCAAGGUGAAGGAGGUGUCAAUCCUAUAGAUGGCGAGUUUUUGGUGCAGUUGAGACAGUUGUGUGACGAGAACGAUGUUGUUUUAAUAUAUGAUGAGAUUCAAUGUGGGUUGGGUCGUUCAGGAAAGCUUUGGGCACAUUCCCACCUCCCUAAGGAAGCGCAUCCAGAUAUUGUAACAAUGGCAAAAGCAUUGGGUAAUGGUUUCCCCAUAGGAGCUACAAUGAUCACUGAGAGAAUUGAGAAUGCAUUAGCUGUGGGAGAUCAUGGUACUACAUAUGGUGGUAACCCGUUGGGUUCAAGAAUUGGAUCCUACGUUGUUGAUCAAAUUGCAAAUGAGGAGUUCUUGGCUAAAGUGAAUGAAAAAUCCAAUUUAUUUACCGAUAAGUUGGAAAAAUUGGCCAACGAAUUUCCGGAAAAGAUUUUGAAAGUUAAAGGUAAAGGUUUGCUUUUGGGGUUGCAGUUUGAUGAAAAAGUUGAUAUCAACAAGAUUGUGGAGAAAUGUAGAGAGAAUGGGCUUUUAAUUAUCACUGCUGGCUUAAAUACAGUGAGACUUGUACCAGCAUUGAAUAUACCUGAGGGUGACAUCACGGAAGGACUUGCAGUAUUGGAGCAUUGUAUUAGAAAUAGUUGA